GAUUGGAUGAAAUGGCAGAGGAUUCAGCUCACUGUAGUCUUACCUUAGAUGAAGCAUUUAGUUUCAUUUUCUACAAUUCUCCUGGUGAACCUGUAACUCCUUAUCGGCUCGCCAUCUACCUACUCAUUCGAGUUCUGGACUCAUCGCAUCGGCAGAAUCCGUUCACUCCUAAGGAACAUUAUGAACUUGCAAAACUAGUUCAUUCCCUUUUAAACUCUGUUAAUUUGAGUUUUCCAGAAAUGGUUGACAGAGUAAUGACUCCAUUAAAGGAUAUUUCAGUUCAUCUUUUAUUGGAAUUCAUGACCAAGAUGCAAAAUCAUCGUAGCGUUGUGGAAGUAUUAGUUCGCCGCGAUGAGUUAUUUUAUCAUCCUCGAAAGUCGGAACGUUCAGGGCAGCCAUUUGCUCUGCCAAAAAGUCUUAUUGGUAUUUUUAUUCGUAAGUUAGCUGUUUCACAAGCUUGCCAAAGCCUAACAGAAAUUCAACGAUCACACAAACAAUGGUUAGAUUGGCUAGAUGAUUCGCGUCCAGCUGCACGAAGCGACCUUUUUGGUAAAUACUCCAAAAACAUGACAGAAUCAUCUUCUACGACCCUAGGCGAUCCACAUAUAAUGCCUCUGCUGGAAGACAUAGCGCAUUUGAGAGUUACACCUAUUAAAGACAAAGCUACGAGAAUGAGUGAAGAAUUCUUAAAAGCUUCAAUAUCACCGGUAAGUAAAAAGAAAAAAGACCCCUGCAUCAAAGGCGCUGAGCGAUCUAGACAAAAUCUUUUCAAAUCGGACACACCCUCAUUUUCUGCAGCAUUGUAUGAAGUGCAGAUGUACCCAGGUGCGCAACCACAAUUGACUGAAUUACUUUCUUCUAGUAGAGCUCGAUCUCUUAUCACUCGGCAGUUACAUGCCUUACAUGUUUCACCUGAUGAAGCAAUGGAAACAAAGCAGUUAAAAGCAGCAUGUGAAUUUAUCAAGAAACAUUAUCAAGAUUUACCGCUUGUACAUUUGGUCGAUAUGAUGAAUGCAAUACGUACUCAUAACAUGAUUGGAGCGGGGGAGGCACUUCAGCAGUUUUUUGACUGGACGGCAAUACGCAUUAAUGAAACAGCCAAUAUAAAUCGUUCAAUCACUGCUGCUAACCAACGUCCAUUACGGUACGCACCAUUAUUACACGCGCGACUUGCUCGAAUUUUCGGAUACAAAGAUCACGCUCGACAUUUUCUAUCAGAAACAAUGCAUCAAGCUCAAACAAGUCAUGAUGUGUUGUGUUUACGACUUGCUGAAAUUGAACAAGCUGCCUCUGCCAUAGAUGAGGAAGUAAAUUUGACUAGUGAGAAGGAUGCAGCUCAUGACUUAAAAAAACAUUCGGUUCUACCAACACUAUUUACAUCAAUAUCAGUUGGUAGUGCUGAUGCACAAGAAGCAAUAGAUGAGAACGAUGAAACGAAAGUAGAAGGAAGUGAUACAAAAGCUUUCAUCAAGCAGCUUAAUGAUUAUGCUACGCUACAAGCAUGUAUUAGUUUAGCAAAAACAGCCAGUGAUCCAAAAAGUAUGGUGAAAGGUCUUCAGCAAUGUAUUGGUGCUGACUAUGGAAUCGAUCGCGAAUCACAGUCAAGACUCGUGAAUGAAGCUGCUCGAGUAGUUGCAGCUACUGUUAAGCUUGCAAAUGGUUACGCUGAUAUUGCUACUAGUGAUUGCAAUCGAAUAUUAUAUUUCAAUCCUGGUGAUCAGUGGUGUCAACGAUAUGACACUGAGUCUCAUGUCAUUGCUGGAGUUAAUGUUGCAUAUUCAUAUGUUUUGAAUGGGCGGUUUGAUGAGGCUUGUAUGGUUGUCAAAAAGUUAAAGGCACGAUUUACAGAAAAAAAUAACUGG